UUCAUGUCUUGCAUAUAUACAUGUAUGAGCAAUUGAGCAUAUACAUAACUAUUGCGAGCUUUUGAGUUUGAUUAAACUAUAAACAAAAACUUCAGUAUAUUCAAAUACCCUUUUGUUUUGUGUACAAAAUGUGUCCCCUAACACCCAGUGACUUGAAGCGGAUUUUCAACAAGGUGGACAUGAAUGGCGAUGGGUUAUUGAGCCUUGAGGAGCUGAAGAUGCUGCUGGAGAAGACAGGGUUCAGUUACAGCAUUGAGGAAUUGGAGUCUCUAGUGGGAAAGAAGAGCCUUGACUUCAGUGAGUUCUUGUUCUUUUAUGAAUCUAUGUUGAAGCAGAACAAUAAUGGGGAGGAAGAAUUAGGAGCUAGUAAUUAUGGGGAUGAUAGUGAUGAGGUUGAGGAAGUGGAGAGGGACCUUGUGAAGGCUUUUAAAGUGUUUGAUUUGGAUGGUGAUGGAUUCAUCACAAGUCAAGAGCUCGAGUUUGUGCUGAAGAGGCUUGGCAUGUGGGAUGAUGAAAGGUGUGGCAAGGAUUGCAAAUCCAUGAUUUGCUCCUAUGACACUAACUUUGAUGGCAAGCUUGAUUUUCAGGAGUUUAAGGACAUGAUGCUGCUUACUACUUCUUGAUCGUUUUGUUUUGAGCUGAGCUCUACACUUUGGUUACCAAGUGAUCAUUAUGAUAUGUCUGUUCGUGGUCAUUGUUUUUUAUUGGCCUUAAAUUUUGCGGUUUAUUGUAAAUUGUAUAUGUUAGUGAUAAUAAUCAAUCGCUGCUUACUAUGGCACCCAAAAGUGUAUUAUUGCUACUGUUGUAAAUUGAAACUGUUCAACAAAUGCUGGACAUUAAUUGAUGCAGAGUUGUCUAGGCUAUC